AUGAGUGAUUAUGUUUUGGAUGGUGACCAAGGAUUCCAUGGAGAUGAGUUUGUCGAUGAAAAUGAAAAGGAAGAUGUUGGCGUAACAGAGGAAAUGCAUUUUGAUGCUGAGCUGGAGGCCAUCAAAGAACGCUUCAAAGAAAUUGAAGCAGAUACCAAUAAGUUGCAUGAUUUACGCCGCGUUAUCCAAAGGUCUCCAAUCUCAAAAUCAAAUAACUCAAACAUGUCAGAUGAGGAUAAGACUGAAGUUGACUUGCGCUCUGUAUACGUUGGAAAUGUUGAUUAUGGUUCGACGGCCGAUGAACUAGAAGCACAUUUUCGUAGUUGUGGACCAAUAAACCGUGUUACUAUAUUGUGCAACAAAUUCACUGGGCACCCUAAGGGAUUCGCAUACAUUGAGUUUGAUACUCGUGACGCUGUCGAAGCGGCAAUCGCUCUGGAUGAUUCAUCUUUUCGGAGUCGGCAGUUAAAAGUUCUACCUAAACGAACAAACGUCCCUGGAAUGUCCAUGACAAAUCAUCUUCCGUUUGUUAGAGGUCGCGCACGCGGUAGAGGAAUGUCUAUUAGUUUCCGUCCAGUAUAUGCCGGCCGAAUGCGAUUCCCACGAUAUCGGCGACGUGGUACUUAUUACUUUUCUCCCUAUUAA